UGGAUGGUUGCUUUGGCCGACUGUCUAGCUUCACUGACGAUUGGAACCGGCCUGUUCUGGCAUCAGUUCGCGUCGAACUGGCAUCGUGAGAAGUUGUCCGGCGGUGAGCUUCCGAUCGCGUUCCGAAAUUCUUUCCGCGUUGUUGUUUGAGUUCUUGUGUCUGGUUCUGAAGUGACCAGUGGGGUUGGUGGUCACCAACACCCCCUUUCUGUGGAUAACUUUCGGAAGGAGUUUAGUGUAGUGUUAGAGAGUAUUCUAGGCGCUGAAGAACUCAUUGAGGGUGGUGUCUUUCGUGUUCAUGUUCUGUGUUCGAACAAUUCCGAAUGGAGUGGCUAUUGGUCAACCGGAUCUGCGGUGAACCACUUACAGCUUGAAACCCCUGGAAAUAUCCCCAAAUCGAGGGCGGUGUGAUUCGGCCUCCAACGAUUACUACACGAGCUGGAUAAUCAGUGAACCCGGGCUGGCGCGUGAAGAAUGUAGUGCAUGUGGUUUUGGAAAGUAACGGAAGAUAAUUCGAAAAAGUGUAGAAGCUACGCCCAAAGAAGAAGCCAAGAGAAAAUCAAGCAAAUAUAACUGGUGAUUGAUAAUUGAGUGCUCUGGAAGAAGCAAUCCCCAAGAAGUGCAAAGUGGGAGAAAAGUAAAAUUGAUGUGUCAUGUGAAAACAACCAUAUCUGCCAGUGCAGCCCAGUUUUGUUCGACAAACCCCACGAACGAAGAUAUAAUACCGGAAACGGAUUCCCGUUGAUUGCUCCCGGUGGUGUUGGUGGUGUGUGAAAUUGUAAAAGCGUUCGUUCAACUUCUUGCUCAACCUAUCGGAGAGGAUAAUACCACCCCAGUCCCGGAGGCCCCCAGAUUGGCCUGGAGUUUUGGUUGCCUGCCUGCCUGCUGCCACACGCUUUUGCGAAACGAUCCACAGCGAUCGACCGAAGAUCGUGCGAGGAAGCAAUUAGGUUUUCUGCAAAUAAAAAGCAUGCCCUUGAGAGCUUGAUUAGCAACCGAGCCUUUCCCUGAACGAAAUCAACUGCCACCGUCCCUCCCCGGUAUACAGAAAAAAAGCGUCACAAAUACGACGAAUCCACCUUCCGUUUCUCCUGGUGGCCCAGGCCCAUUAUGAUGGAGCUGCAGCAGGUGUCAACGGACGGCGGAACCAUCGUCAAUCGUUCCCUGAUCUACCUGGCCAUGGUAACGGCCGCCACGAGCUCGAGUUUCGUCACGGCAACCGAUGGAGACGCGCCCGGAGUGGAUGGCUUCACGACGAGAAACGGAACCGGCGUGGAUGUUCUGCUCCAGUUGCCGGCCGUCGUUUCGAUCAACGGUUCCACUGGAAACGGCGAAGUGAUGAAUGAAAACUUUGGCACCAAAGCCGAUUCCAUCUGCAUCAUACUGCCCAUUACCAUCUUCUAUUGCUUCAUCUUCGUCGUCGGCAUUGUGGGAAACCUGGCCAUCUGUAUUGUGAUUGCCAAGAAUCGGUCGAUGCACACGGCCACCAAUUACUAUCUGUUCAAUUUGGCCGUUUCGGACUUCCUGCUGCUGCUGUUCGGCAUGCCCCUGGAGGUCUACGGAACGUGGUAUCCUUAUGCAUAUCCAUUUAACCAAGUGGCUUGCAUCAUCACCGGGCUGCUCUCGGAGACGGCCACCAACGCCACCGUGCUGACAAUAACUUCCUUCACCGUAGAACGCUACAUCGCCAUCUGCCAUCCGUUUCGAUCACAUACUAUGUCCAAGCUUUCGCGGGCAAUCAAGUUCGUCAUCGCAAUCUGGCUGGUGGCGUUCGGAUUGGCCACCCCACAGGCGCUGCAGUUCGGCGUGGUGGAAAGCGCUCACACGAGGCUCUGUACGAUCAAAAACCGUCACUUCGAGCACGCCUUCGAGGUGUCCAGUUUCCUGUUCUUCGUCGGUCCGAUGACGGUCAUCGCCGUGCUGUACGUGCUAAUUGGGAUCAAACUCCGCAAGAGCAAGCUGCUGCAGGGCGUCAAACGGCAGGGGGCCAGCAUCGGAAGCGGCGCAAACGGUAUCCAUCAUCACGGCGGUGGAAUGACCACUUCCGGCGGUGGCGCUGGCUUUCGGUCCGUCAGCGGACAGACACGUGUGAUACGAAUGCUCGUGGCCGUGGUGGCGACGUUCUUUUUCUGCUGGGCACCGUUCCACGCACAACGACUUAUGGCCGUGUACGGAGCCGUUACCAACACGGAUAAUGAGUUUUUCUUCCAGGUGUACACCUAUCUAACGUACAUAUCCGGCAUAUUGUACUUUCUGUCGACGUGCAUCAACCCGCUGUUGUAUCAUAUCAUGAGCCACAAAUUUCGGGACGCUUCCAGGCGCACCCUCAAACUGGGCUGCUGUGGCAUCGAUUCGAAGCGGUCCGACGCCCAGAACCACACCUACAGUGCCCUCUCGCGGUACGGAAUAACCGGCAACGGAGGCUCCUUCAAAACGGGUGCAAAUGCUCAAUACGGUACCCCGGUAGCCCAAAAUCGCCCAAGCACAGACCUGCAGUUCUGCCAGCAAGAGUCAGAAAUGUCCCUUCUACGGAGCGAACCCGGUCGUUGUUUGAAGUCCGAGACGCACUGCGUCUCCAUCAGCAGUCAAUCAACGAUCAUAACCACCCUGAGCCACAGUGGUACUACGCGAUCGUCCUCGAUCGAGCGGAAACAACCCAACGGACGUCCCGUCUACCGCACUUCCGGAAGUUUCGGAUCGCGAGGGAGCAUCCGCACUGGAGUGCCGCUAGAGAACGGAGACCCGGGCGGUCGACUGUCCACCAUUGCGGAGAAGCUACGCCGAGGCACCAAGAAAGUACUCCAGUUCAGCAAAUCUCCGUCAACCUCGCCGACGAAGACUUCAACCGGAAGCGUAUCCGCGCCCGAUCGGGACGCCAAACGACGCUGGUUACGCAAGAAGGAAAGCGUCGACUCGGUCGAUACCAACACGAUAAGCAAUUCCAGUCUGAAGGAGUACGACGAAGAGGAGUUUUCCAGUGCGGAACUAGCUAAAUUUAUGGCCGAAAUCAACAAUGAGAUUCGCUGAAUGCUUGCAUGAGAGUUUAAGUAUUAGGAAAAGAAAAUGUGUUAUAUUUAAGGAAAGAAAAUAAAUGAAUGAAAUCGAAUUCUGCAUUACGACUAGUACAAAUCAGCAACAGAUUAAUGCAAAAGUGAUACCGUGGUGUAAGGCACCGAUCGAAACGGCUCAGGAAAAGAUGUGCUAACUGUGUAGCACUGUGUCAGUGGCAAGGGCAAAGCACUUUGAAUACAUUAUAAUGUUACUUUCGGUGGACUAUAUGUAACGAUUAUUUAUUUUUGAUUUAGCACUAGGGAUUAAGAACCCGGAUUAGCCUUACAUAUUGAAGACUUUUUCUUCUUACCUAAGUUACUAUUUUCAAGGAUUUAAUUUUAAAUUAAAAUUUAGGUUUUAUAUGCAGAGAGUUGGUCUGUAUUUAAAAGCAGUUGAUUCCUUAAGUUUCUCUACUCAUAUUGAUUUUCUAUUUAAUGCAUUGAAACGAAAAAAGGUAUUUUUAAUUUGUUUAAUCGUACCUGUCUGGAAACAAGAUCGCAGAAAAGUAACUAUUUGCAGGUAGUCCAAUAUUAAAACAAUAAUUUCUAUUCAACUUAUUUUUGAAUGUAGCUAAUAAAGAAACCAAAACGUCAAGCCCAUGACAGGAACAAUUAUUCUAUUUUCGGAGUGGAAAUCGGCCGACAAAGUAUAAGAGUGGAUAACAAUGAACGAAAGUUAUUUUAGAUGAUCAAUUAGAUAUAUUACUAACAAAGUACACUACCAGAUUGUUUCAUGCAUAUGCGAGUUGAUAAUUGCAAAACAUAAAGAGUGAUUUAAUAAAUAAUUAAAUUUCAUCAGAAAAAAACCUAGUUUUAUGAAAAAGUUCAAUAAACCAUUCAGUCUAUAUUUACAAA